UUGGGCAUAUAGGCUAAAGUAGAAAGUAGCCCCUGCAGAUCAUCUCUUACUGGGCACGCCAGAGUACUAGUAGUACUGUACAGUGGCUGCCUGGUCGAGGUCACGCUACAACAACACCAUUAUCACUGUGCGAUCAUCCCCCGUAUGGCUGGCGCCAACAUCGAUACAAGCCUGACGCCUGCGUCGACGACGGAGGCCUCGUCGAUGAUGGAGGGGCCCUCGAGCCGCGCGUCGUCGCCCUCGCUGCCGCGCCGCAUCCUCGACGGCAGCCUCGGCCGCCUGGCAGGCCGCCGCGUCGCAGAAGAGUCCGAGGCAGAGGGAGCAGGGGCAGGAGGCAUGUGGACGGAGAGCGGGAGCUGGAGGAACAGCAGCAGCAGCGGCACCCGAAGACGACGGCGGAGGAGGAGGCGGCUGCGCGACGACGGCGACGACUACGACGACACGCGCCUCCACGACGAGAUGAGCCUCGGCCUGGGCAACGGCGUCCGCGUCUGGUACGAGUCCUACACCACCAUCGACUGGAUCCACGACGCCAUCAAGGAGAGCUCGCGCCUGCGCCGUCUCCGAGCCAUGCGCGGCCUCCGCGGCCUUGCCGUGAAUGCGUGGGACCGCUUCCAGGGCUGGCUCAUCGUCACCAUCACGGGCAUCCUCACCGCCCUCAUCGCCGGCUGGAUCGUCAAGUCCGAGGCAGUCCUCUUCGAUCUCAAGGAGGGCUACUGCCGCCGCGACUGGCGCCUCGCCAAGCGCUUCUGCUGCCCCUAUGCCGACCAGCCGGACUGGGAUCAGCGUGCGUCUUUGUCUUCAGUAUCUCGAGCUGCCGCUCACGGCGGAGGACUGCUCUCUGCCUGGGCCGCCCCUUCGGCCGCGAGCUACCGGUGGAAGGAAAAGAGCACCUGCGCCGACUGGCAGACGUGGUCCGACCGCUGGGCAAACGACAGCUGGGCGGCAGAGUACGGCAUGUACGUCGUCGUCGCCCUCGCCUGGGCCUCGCUCGCCUGCCUCCUCACCCUCUAUCUCACCUCGUCGGAGCUGUAUGCGCCCUCGCCGGCGCCCGCGGAGAGCGACUCCACCACUGCGCAUGCAUCGUCAGCGACAACUGCAGACGUGGCGAGCAACGGCAACGGCAACAGCAAUGGCACAGGCACAGCCCCUUCGGAGACGACGCCGCUGCUGGGCCACACCGCACCGCUGCCGCCCAAGGUGCUCGCCCAGAUGGCCGGCCAGCAGCGCGCGGCCGCAGCCCUGCCCCCACGCAAGGUCCUCUACUUUGGCAGCGGCAGCGGCAUCAGCGAGAUCAAGGUCAUCCUCAGCGGCUUUGUCAUCCACGGCUACCUCGGCUUCUGGACCCUCUUGACAAAGUCCGUCGGCCUCACCCUCUCUGUCGCCAGCGGCCUCUCGCUCGGCAAAGAGGGCCCCUUUGUCCACAUUGCCUCGUGUGUGGGCAACAUCGUCUGCCGCGCCUUCACAAAGUACGAGCGGAACGAGAGCAAGAAGCGCGAGAUGCUGUCGUGCGCAUGUGCAGCCGGUGUCGCCGUCGCCUUUGGUGCGCCCGUCGGCGGCGUCCUCUUCAGCCUCGAGGAGGUCUCCUACUACUUUCCCGCCAAGGUCAUGUUCCGCUCCUUCUUCUGCGCCAUGGUCGCCGCCGCCACGCUGCGCUUCCUCGACCCCUUUGGCACGGGCAAGAUCGUGUUGUUUCAAGUCACCUACGACCGCGACUGGCACUGGCUCGAGCUCCUCUUCUUUGUCCUCGUCGGCCUCUUUGGCGGCCUCUACGGCGCCUACUUUACCAAGCUCAACAUGCUCUGGAGCAAGCGCGUGCGUGCCAAGACGUGGAUGGCCCGCCACCCGCUCUACGAGGUCGUUGCCGUGACCCUCGUCAGCGUCGCCCUCUCCUACCUCAACGACUACACGCGCAUGUCUGGGCCCGAGCUCAUCGCCGACCUGUUUGGCGAAUGCCACGAGCACGAGUCGCUCGAGGGCCUAUGCGUCUCGGCGCCCAGCCAGAUCCGGCCCUUACUCGCCGCCGUGGCUUGGACGAUGGUCGCCAAGGGCGCCCUCACCGUCGUCACCUUUGGCAUCAAGCUUCCCGCCGGCAUCUUUAUCCCCACCCUGGCCGUGGGCGCCUGCUUUGGCCGUAUUGUUGGCCUCGCCGUCCAGUACGUCCAGUGGACCCGGCCCCAGCUCGAGUUCUUUGCUUGGUGCCCUGCCGCCGACGAGCAGCAGCAGUCGUGCAUCGUCCCCGGCGUGUAUGCCAUGGUGGGCGCAGCAGCUGCGCUCUCGGGCGUCACGCGCACCACUGUCUCGCUCGUCGUCAUCAUGUUUGAGCUCACCGGCACGCUCGCCUAUGCCGUCCCCGUCAUGCUCGCCGUCCUCGUCGCCCGGACGGUGGCCGACGCCCUCGAGCCAAAGGGCAUCUACGACCUCGUCAUCGAGUUCAGCGGCCUGCCUUACCUCGACGCCCGCGAGACGUUCACCUGGCAGGGCGUCUCGCUCGCCGACGUCGUCGACACGGCCAUCGACGUCAUCCGCGUCGACGUCGACAACUCCAUCGACGAUCUCGGCGCCAAGGUGCAGCGUCUCAUUGCCGCGGGCCACGCCGACGGGGGCUUUCCCCUCGUCGUCGCCAUGGCGCCACCUAAGCCGGCCGAUAAGGCCAGCGUCUUCAGCGGCGAUGACGCGGACAACGACGCUGACAUCGAUGGCGACGGCGAUGGUGACGGCGACGAGAACAGGAAUGCCAACGGCGAGCGGCUGCGGCCGCGGCGUGCGCCCAAGUGGCGCCUCGUCGGCUACAUUGCCGCCCAGGAGCUCGAGCACGGCCUCCUGCGCCUCGCGACGCUCUCGCCCGACACGCGCCAGUGCACCUUCCGCGCCUUUUACGCCACCCACCGCAACGGCGGCCGCGGCUCGAGCCUCCUCGCCGCCUCGGCCGCCUCGCUCGCCCCCGCCGAGGGCGACCUGAGCGUGUACGUCGACCGUGCCCCCGUCACGGUCUCGCUCGCCAGCCCGCUGGAGCUGGUGCAGCAGAUGUUUGUCAAGCUCGGCGUCAAAUACCUCGUCGUCCUCCACGACGACGGCAGCAUCAAGGGCGUCGUCUUCAAGAAGCGCUGGCUCGCCUUUCUCCAUUCGCAGGCCUGAUCAUCUUCUAGCAUACAGGCACAAGUUCCCAUCUGCUCUCCAGAAGCAGGCCUGAUCAUCACACACAUACAAGCCCUCAUCUGCUCUGCUCUGCUCUGCAUACUCUGACGACCACAUCCUUAUAAUGGCAUUAAUGACAUUGACGCACACGUCUUGCCGCGGCCUCGAUCUGUGUGUGUGUG